UCCUGCCCGCCUCCCUCCUGCUCUCACCACAGGAACAAAUGUGUCAUUCUCUCGUGUUGCAGGACCAUUUAUUAAAACAGUUUAUAUAAUGUAGGGCAGAGCACAAACAGCUUUCCAAGAAUCGGAUUCGAUCACCUCUAAUAAAGAUGGGAUGACGGGAGGAGCAGCUGCAACAGCUCGAUGGAGGAAUGAGGCGCAGAUGAAUAGUGAGUGCGAGCUUUUGGGUGGAAAACAAAGACAACCAGAGCUGCUUCAUUACAGCUUUAUCCCUCUGAGCAGACUGGAUGCUGCUCUCUGUCGAGACAUGAAGGAACAGUGGAGGGAUGAACCCGAUUAUUCACUUUACAGUGCAAGAGGAGAGGACGGAGGAGAAAUAAAAGCAUCAUGGCUGUGCCAGGGCGAGCAGGAGGCGGUGUGCAGCAGCGUUAGAGAGAGUGAUUCCCUCAGGUUGUGGUGAUGGAAGUCAGAUGAGAUUGUUUUGGUUAUUUAACAGCCCUGCAGUGACUAAACGCGCUUUAUUUUACCCCUGUUGAAAGCCGAUGCCUGCAUACUCAGGCUGUAGCUGGCAUUAAGAGGACCCGUGUCCCCCCCCCUGCUGGUUUAAGGUCUGUCUCUGCAGCAGCACCACGGACAGCGACAAUGACUCGGCUACGCAGGAAAGCUCUCGUGGCACUCUUCCUCUUCGCGCUCUUCAUCUUCGGGGCCAUGAUGGGGCUCAGGACGCUGAAACCCAGCGAUGGCUUCUCGGACCUGGCUCCCGGUAUGGACUUCAUCGGGGAGAGGUCCGAAAGGAGGCGGCUGGAUGUGAAAGACAUGGUGGUGUCUCCGGGCCAGUUCCACAUGGGCAGCAGCGAUACCAAGGUGGUCUUCACCAAGUCAGACCGAGAGUACAGCAUCUUUUAUGAUGUGCACAUCUUCUACUACCUGUGGUAUGGCUCCCCUGACAUGGACAGCAAGUACAUCCACUGGGAUCACGUGCUGGUUCCACACUGGGACCCAAAGAUCGCUGCCAGUCAUGCCCAAGGAAGACACACUCCCCCGGAAGAUAUUGCGUCGAGUUUUUACCCCGACCUUGGACCCUACAGCUCCAGGGACCCAAAGGUGCUGGAGUCUCACAUGUCCCAGAUAGAAGCGGCUGCAGCAGGGGUGCUGGUGCUGUCCUGGUAUCCUCCCGGGGUGGCAGACGACCACGGGGAGCCCACAGAGGACCUGGUCCCUGCUGUCAUGGACGCAGCCCAAAGGCACAGCAUCAAGGUGGCCUUUCACAUCCAGCCAUACAAAGGGCGGACGGACCAGAGCAUGCAUGACAACAUCAAAUACAUUAUUGACAAGUAUGGAAAGCACGGCGCCUUCUACAGAUUCAGGUCCAGCACAGGUCAGAUCUUGCCUCUGUUUUACGUCUACGACUCCUACUUAACGCCACCAGAGUCCUGGGCGGAGCUCCUGACCACCAAAGGCUCCCACAGCCUCAGAGGCACACCUUACGAUGGCGUUUUCGUCGCCCUGAUUGUGGAAGAGCGCCACAAACAUGACAUUAAAGCGAGUGGAUUUGAUGGCAUUUACACCUACUUUGCCUCUAAUGGCUUUUCCUUCGGCUCGUCGCACCAGAACUGGAAAGCCAUCAAAGCUUUCUGUGAUGCGAACAAUCUCCUUUUCAUUCCCAGUGUUGGUCCAGGGUACGUGGACACGGCUGUUCGACCCUGGAACAACCAUAACACCAGAAACAGAGUCAACGGACGGUACUAUGAGACGUCCCUGCAGGCAGCUUUGUCUGUCAGACCUGAAAUCGUCACCAUCACUUCCUUUAACCAAUGGCACGAGGGCACACAGAUAGAGAAAGCCGUACCCAAGAAAACAGUGACCCGUUUGUACCUGGACUACCAACCCAACCAACCGGACCACUACUUAGAACUAACACGCCAGUGGGCAGAGAACUUUAACAAGGAGAAGGACAAGUGGCUGAUGUAGACUGGGCUGUAUUUUGAGAGUAUAUGCACCGUUAAAGACUGGCUCUUCAUCCACCUUCAUUGUUUUCUUCUGCUCUGAUAUCUUGUGAUAAGAAUUUCCUUUAAUGUUCGCUCUACCUUUACUGUUUUUAUCACUAACAUGUUUUAGUACAGGUUAGUAAUGUCACUGAUGUGUUGAAGCUGCAGAGUCAAAUAAUGGACGGCUUAUCAUUGUUUCCUGAGAAGAACUUUAUUUGUGACUGUAAGAAAGUGAAGCUGUGUACAGUAAGUCUGUUCUGAGGGUUUUUUUCUUACUUUCUUAUGAUGGACUGUUCUGUCCUGUAUUCCUUUGAAGAAGAAUUAAAAAGUGUGUCUGUUUA